AAAGAAGCUGCGUACCUUGCUGAAUUAUUCUCAAUCUUUAUAUAGCCUGUCCAGACCAGUAUAUAAAUUCCAUAAAGACAAGUGGAAGAUAAUAGGAGGAACUAAAACAUGGAAGGACAUGACCAGCUCAGAAAGUCCAGGGUUGUCAAAGUUGACUCUAAGAAAUCAUGGGAUUUUUUCAUCUCUCAAGCUACCAAUCAAGGCUGCCCUGUUGUUGUGCAUUUUACUGCUGCUUGGUGCAUACCCUCAGUGGCCAUGAAUCCUUUCUUUGAGGAAUUGGCCUUCAGCUACCAAGAUAUUCUGUUUAUCUUGGUUGAUGUAGAUGAGGUUAAGAUUGUAGCCUCCAAGAUGGACAUAAAAGCCAUGCCUACCUUCUUGUUGAUGAGGGAAGGAGCUCCAGUUGAUAAACUUGUGGGUGCUAAUCCUAAAGAGAUGAGGAAAAGGAUCGAUGAUUUUAUUCACUCCAUUCGCUCCUACAAAACCACUUCAAAAUUAAUCAAUGCGCAAACCAACCCUUAAAUCAAAAUUCUAGACUUGGGAAAAUUGCAAAAUGAAGAAUUGUUGUGUCUUUUUCACUUUCCAAAUUCUAUGACUUUCUUGUACAUUGGUUUUGAUUCUUGUAAUUAAGAGUGUAUCAAAGUUUGUAAAUGGCUGUUUGAUGUUUGUGUGCAACUUUAAGGAUUGAAAAUGGGUAUUUGAUGUUUGUAUACAA